CGGAACGGUCUGUCAGUUGUAGGAGCUUAACAUGGACAGCUAAGUAAUAUUUGAUCACUUUAAAUCGCAGUAUGUUGCAGUAAUAUAUUUCUGACAGGUUUCCCUGCUUUAAAAUACAAACGAGCUCCUGACUUGUAAAUAUUGGGCGGGUUAGCUUUCGGAAUUGGCAGUAAUACGGUGUUAAAGCCGCGUCUGUGUGGAGCACUAGCCUGUUAGCAGACGUCAUUUUCACACUGUAUGACAGCUGGGUAACUUAUUUGACUUUUACCUGCAAUGAACUGCCGGUCUAACUGUCGAACCGGUGUCUUUCCAUCUUACUGAUGGUCUUGCAAGGGUGACUCAGUGGUUCCUGGAUGUUUAGUAGUAAAAUCAAAGACGACUACAGCUAGCAGGAAGCUAGCUCGCUCAUCGCUGAAAAUGGGUCUAAAAGGUUCUGUGAGGACGAAAAGAACAUUUUUGUUCUUCACCAUUUCUAUUUUAGUCUUCGCCAAAGCACUAACUGUUGAUGGACUUGAUCAAGAGGAUGAUGAAUCUGAGUUGAAGUCAUACCAUGAUCCUGAGUCAGAAGAGGAGGAUCUUCGUCUGGCAGCACGAAUCUUGGCCGAUGGUUCUGUACAUUCUGAAGUUUCUGAGCCAGAAGAGGUGAAGCAGCAUCCUGAAGAAGUUGAAGGAGAGGAGAAGGAGGACUUGCCGGAACAACCUCCUCCAGUUUUGGAGAAACAGAAAGAAAUAACCAUUGUGAAUGGAGGAACUGCCCACGGGGAGCCCUGCAUCUUCCCAUUCCUCUUUCAAGGGAAGGAGUACCCAGACUGCACCACAGAUGGUCGGGGAGAUGGAAGACUGUGGUGUGCCACCACCUAUGAUUACGACAGGGACAAAAAGUGGGGCUUCUGUGAGACUGACAAGCAGGCGCAGCAGAGGCUGCAGGCAGAGGAGGUGGAGGAAAUGUACCAGAACGUUCUGCACAUGCUCAAUGCUACGACAAGAAAAACCCAGAAGAAAGAAUUAUACGACAAGCUGAUGAAGGUAGCGGAGAAGGGUCACCAGAAGGCCACAGAGAAGGUGGCGUAUGCCUUGUUGUUCGGGGACUACAUGAGUCAGAACGUCACCAAAGCUAAAGAAAUGUUUGAGAAGCUCGCUGUGGAGGGGUUUCCCAAGGCUCAGAUGGCUAUGGGAUUUUUGUAUGCCGCAGGACUUGGAGUCAACUCCAGCCAAGCUAAGGCUUUAGUUUACUACACCUUUGGCGCGCUGGGUGGAAACUCGGUUGCCCACAUGAUUCUGGGAUACAGAUACUGGGGUGGUGUCGGGGUUCCCCAAAGCUGCGAGUCUGCUUUGACUCACUACAGACUUGUUGCAAAUCAGGUGGCCAGCGAUGUUUCCCUGACGGGUGGCUCAGCUGUGCAGAAGAUCCGUCUGCUGGAAGAAGUGGAGAACCCAGGAUCCACCAGUGGGAUGUUGGAGGAGGAUUUGAUCCAGUACUACCAGUUCUUGGCUGAGAAAGGAGAUGUACAAGCUCAGGUGGGACUUGGCCAGCUACAUUUACAUGGAGGACGUGGAGUUGAGCAGAAUCAUCGGAGGGCGUACGACUACUUCACCCAGGCUGCAAAUGCAGGAAACCCUCAUGCGAUGGCUUUUCUCGGCAAGAUGUACUCGGAAGGCAGCGAGUUUCUCCCGCAGAACAAUGAGACGGCACUGGACUACUUCAGAAAAGCAUCUGACCUGGGUAACGCAGUUGGGCAGAGCGGCUUGGGCAUGGCUUACCUGUAUGGGAGAGGUGUCCCUGUGAACUACGAACUGGCACUCAAGUAUUUUCAGAAGGCAGCGGAGCAGGGAUGGGUGGAUGGGCAGCUCCAGCUUGGAACCAUGUAUUACAACGGCAUCGGUGUGAAGCGAGAUUACAAGCAGGCGUUGAAGUUCUUCAACCUGGCCUCACAGGCAGGCCAUAUUCUGGCGUUUUACAACUUGGCCCAGAUGCAUGCGACGGGCACCGGCGUGAUGCGCUCCUGCCACACAGCUGUGGAGCUUUUUAAGAACGUGUGUGAGCGCGGCCGCUGGUCUGAGCGGCUGAUGACGGCAUACAGGAGCUUUAAGGAGGGAGAGACCGACGCCGCUCUUGUGCAGUACCUGCUGCUGGCCGAACAGGGAUACGAAGUCGCCCAGAGCAACGUCGCCUUCAUCCUGGACCAAACCGAGGGGGCAAAAAUCUUCAGUGAGAACGAGACCUACCCUCGCGCCCUCCUCCACUGGACUCGAGCGGCAGCUCAGGGUUACACGGUGGCAAGGAUCAAACUGGGGGACUACCAUUUCUAUGGCUAUGGCACCGACGUGGACUACGAGACAGCGGUCAUUCACUACAGACUGGCUUCGGAGCAGCAGAACGGUGCUCAGGCCAUGUUCAACCUGGGCUACAUGCACGAGAAAGGCCUGGGUAUCAAGCAGGACAUCCACCUGGCCAAGCGCUUCUACGACAUGGCGGCUGAGGCCAGUCCUGAUGCUCAGGUGCCAGUCUUCCUUGCCUUGUGCAAACUGGGCCUCAUCUACACCCUCCAGUAUUUGCAAGACCUGAAUUUGAAGGAGAUGGUUUCUCAAGUGGACCUGGACCAGCUUCUCGGCCCGGAGUGGGACCUCUACCUCAUGACGGUGAUCGCUCUGCUGCUCGGAACCGUCAUUGCCUACCGUCAGCGUCAGCACCAAAUCAUCCUGCCGCCUCGCCCUCCCGCGCCCCCGCCCCGACCCCCUCAGGAGCAGCCUCCUGCCCGGGCCGAGGGUCAGGUAGAAGAAACCCCGGCGGCGGGAGGAGCCCGUGAAGAAGAGCCGCCGCCGCCGCCGCCACAGCAGCAGUGAGAGGAGGACUGAAGCAUGAACGUUCGGACAAGCCGGGGCAGAAGUCUGUGCUUCCAGCGUGUUUGUUGACUUCUCCGCCUGAUCUUUAUGUGCUACGGCUGCGGAACGGUCUCGGUCGCUGCAUGAGGAAGCCGGCGUGUGGUGGGACACUUCUGAAAGAGAGAGACGACUUGAAAGACUUGCACGUCUGUGAUGCAGGAUUCGGCUCGGAUGUCACACUGAAAACGUCCCGCAGGUUGUCCAUUCAUUUUUGGACUUGGAUGAUGAGUUUUCCACUUGUUCUGGAGAUUUAUGUUCCGCAUUGUCCAUGCGUUUGUUAUCCCUGCUUCUACUCUCAUCAGCUCAUUUUACCACUGACUUACCGGUCAAAUCCGAAGAAACUGAAAUGAUGGUGACACUGCUGGUUUGCUUUAGUAUUUAAUUUUAUUUUUUAUUUGAUGCAGAAGUGCUUGGUUCACACACCAUACGUGGCACAGUUAGUGGAAAUGAUGUCAUGCCGCGUUCAUUUUACAGAACAGGAUCAGUCAAAUACAGUGUAGUUCGAAGGACGUCCACACAGAAGACGGCGUGCUCAGUUGAUGUUGUCGAAGAAACAAAGUGCCAACACAGAAGAACUCUUCCUGGAUGUCAAGCUACAGAAUUAUGUUCACAACAGAACUCAAGGCUCACAUCUUCAGUUAAACGUUCCCUGUAUAUGCUUACAUUUUCACAUCGAAUUUAAAUGCUAAACUGCCGUAUCCAAUUAUAAGGGUGAAAUUCUACUGCAACAGUUUCUGAAAAUAAUUCUGUAGUUUUAGAGUGAGUACGACAUUUGUAUAAGUUAGGUGCACUAGACCUCCUGUAUUCAGUUUCAGUGGGGUCAUCCUGUCGAAUCACUGUCUGAUCAUGAGAUGUGUUCCUGCCUCCCGUACUGCUUCGACCAUCUCUGGCCGCUGUCGUGUUAUUUCCCUGAUGUAAUGUCUGGCUCAAGGUACCGGCUCGAUCACGGUUGAGCUGGUCUGGAAAUAUGGCUGAGCUCUAACAGACUGUUAAAACCACUAAGGGGGUUUCAUAUUCGGCAUAGUUUUUUCUAAUUCUUCUCAAUUCUCGGUGACAGAAAUGUCUCAGCUGGAGAAGGCGACUGACUUUAGCCAUACUUUUUUUUUUCUUUUCAGUUUUCAUUCGUUAGCUUUAGAAGGAAGCCGUGCAUGAGAAAGGCUGCUGGAUCAUAACAGUAAAUCAAAAAAUGUUCCUCGGGAAUCAGCAGGACUUUGUUUUGACACCUUUUAC